UCUCUGAGACACGCCCAUAGUGCCAAAGAAACGGAAAUUCACGUUUUGCUCUCCUGGCGACUUGUACCCACGUGAAAACAAGCAUGGUGGUGUAUCCUUAUUUGCUAAGGUAAAGAGUACAUCUACGAGGAAUUCAUUCAUCAUGGCAACGUUUCGGAAAAAGGUGGACAAUCGCAUUCGAGUCCAGAUUGAAAAUGGAGUUUUGGAAAAACAUCGUACAAUGUUUGUCAUUGUCGGUGACCACGGUAGAGACCAGGUUGUCAUUUUGCAUCACAUGUUGUCAAAAGCGACUGUGCGGGCAAGGCCGUCGGUGUUGUGGUGUUAUAAGAAGGAACUCGGAUUCAGCAGUAACCGCAAGAAGCGCAUGCGGCAGCUACAGAAGAAGAUUAAGACUGGAACACUGAACUUGAAUCAGGAUGAUCCUUUUGAGCUUUUUGUUGCUGCAACCAACAUCCGUUACUGCUACUACAAUGAGACGCAUAAGAUUCUGGGCAACACUUAUGGCAUGUGUGUCUUGCAGGACUUUGAGGCCCUCACACCCAAUCUCUUAGCCAGAACUGUUGAAACAGUAGAGGGCGGUGGUAUUGUUGUCAUUCUUCUGAGGACUAUGAACUCACUGAAGCAGCUUUACACAAUGUCAAUGGAUGUCCAUUCCCGCUACAGGACAGAGGCUCAUCAAGAUGUGGUGGGGAGAUUCAAUGAGAGGUUUAUCUUGUCACUGGUGUCGUGUCAGACAUGUGUGGCCAUUGAUGACCAACUCAACAUUUUGCCGAUCUCCACCCACAUUGUCAACAUUAAAGCACUUCCACCAAAAAAUCAGGAUGCCCCUCCGUCGCCGCGGGAACAAGAACUGAAAGACCUAAAGGAGUCUCUUCAGGACACCCAGCCUGUGGGGGUGCUUGUGGACUGCUGUAAGACCAUGGACCAGGCCAAGGCCGUGUUGAAGUUCAUUGAGGCCAUCUCAGAGAAGACCCUCCGCAGCACAGUGGCCCUUACUGCUGCUCGAGGUCGGGGCAAAUCAGCCGCUCUUGGAAUGGCUGUGGCCGGAGCGGUGGCCUUUGGUUACUCCAAUAUUUUUGUGACAUCCCCAAGCCCUGACAACUUGAACACACUGUUUGAGUUCAUCUUCAAAGGCUUUGAUGCUCUCCAGUAUCAGGAACAUUUGGACUAUGAAAUCAUUCAGUCCCUCAAUCCGGAGUUCAAUAAAGCUGUGGUCCGUGUCAACAUCUUCAAGGAGCACAGACAGACUAUUCAGUACAUCCACCCAGCGGAUGCAGUGAAACUAGGCCAGGCAGAGCUGCUGGUGAUUGACGAGGCUGCAGCCAUCCCACUGCCCCUGGUCAAGAAGCUGCUGGGGCCCUACCUCAUCUUCAUGGCCUCCACCAUCAACGGGUAUGAAGGCACUGGCCGUUCCCUCUCACUGAAGCUGAUCUCGCAGCUGAGGCAGCAGAGUGCAGAGAGUCAGCUGAGCCUCACGGCAGAAAACAGGAGCACCAACACCGCCAGACUGGCAGCAGCCCGUACGCUGCAUGAGGUCUCGCUGCAGGAGUCCAUUCGUUACGCGCCCGGUGACCCCGUGGAGAAGUGGCUGAACGAGCUGCUAUGCCUGGACUGCCUGACCAUUCCGCGCAUCAUAUCGGGCUGCCCGCUGCCUCAGACCUGUGAUCUGUAUUAUGUGAACAGAGACACUUUAUUUUGCUACCAUAAAGCAUCAGAGUCCUUCUUACAGAGAUUAAUGGCUCUCUAUGUCGCAUCCCACUACAAGAAUUCACCAAACGAUCUCCAGAUGCUUUCAGAUGCCCCAGCCCACCACCUCUUCUGCCUGCUGCCUCCUGUUCCUCCAACUCAGAACUCCUUGCCAGAAGUCUUGGCGGUGGUGCAGGUGUGUCUGGAGGGAGAGAUAUCCAAGCAGUCCAUUCUGAACAGCCUCUCUCGCGGGAAGAAAGCCUCUGGUGACCUGAUUCCGUGGACCGUGUCAGAGCAGUUCCAAGACCCAGAGUUUGGCGGCCUCUCUGGAGGCAGAGUGGUGCGGAUUGCUGUAAACCCAGACUAUCAGGGGAUGGGCUAUGGGUCACGUGCUCUGCAGCUGCUGCAGCAGUAUUACGAGGGACAGUUCCCCCUGCUGGAUGAAAAGGAGAGCACCACCAGUAGUCAGAUCACGUCCAUCAGCAGUGAGGCUGUCAGCCUCUUAGAGGAGGUGGUUUCCCCACGGAAGAAUCUGCCCCCCCUGCUGCUGAAGCUGAGUGAAAGGCCAGCGGAGCGCCUGGACUACCUGGGGGUGUCCUACGGCCUUACCUCUCAACUGCUGAAAUUCUGGAAGAAAGCCGGAUUUGUUCCUGUUUAUCUGAGACAGACACAGAAUGACCUGACGGGGGAGCACUCCUGCGUUAUGCUGAAGGAGCUGAACACAGACGAGUCUCCUGAGCAGGGCCAGUGGCUCUCAGCCUUCUGGAAAGAUUUCCGAAAGCGUUUCCUGUCACUGCUGUCUUAUCAGUUCAGGAACUUCUCCCCCAGCCUGGCCCUUAACAUCUUGCAAAAUAAGAAUGCCAAAGAGGACGGUCAGUCAGCCCUCACCAGUGCAGAGCUGAGUGCCCUCUUCAGUCCGUACGACCUGAAGCGCCUGGAGAUGUACUCCGGGAGCAUGGUGGAUUACCAUCUCAUCAUGGACAUGAUCCCGUCCGUAGCCCGCAUGUACUUCCUCAAAAAGCUGGGGACUGUGUCCCUCUCUGCCGCUCAGUGUGCUCUGCUGCUGGGUAUUGGCCUACAGCACAAGUCUGUGGAUGAUUUGGAGAAGGAGAUCGAGUUGCCAGGUUCCCAGCUCUUGGGUCUGUUUAACCGUCUCAUUCGUAAGGUGGUGCAGUUCUACAGCAGCAUCCAGGAGAAAGCCGUUGAAGCGGAGAUGGUUGCUGCAAAAGAUAUUACAAUGGAGCCAACUACCCGAACCCUGAAUGAAGACUUGGAUGAAGCAGCAACAGAGAUUCAGGAGAGGCAGAAACAAGACUUGGAGAAAAUAAAGACCAUGGAUCUUACACAGUACAUGAUACGUGGAGAUGAUGAAGAAUGGAACCAGGUAUUGAAGACGGCGGGUAAAUCGGCCAUUAUCAGUAUCAAAAGUGACCAGAAAAGGAAGCAGCCUGAGGAGCUAAAUCAGAAAGAGGAGUUACACGGAAAGAAGCAAAAGAAGAACAAAUCCAAAUUUGACAAAAAAGGGAAAUUUGGAAAGAAGUUUUAAUCCUCAAGUUGGCAAAUCAUUUGUGGACUUCAUGACUGAAAAAGAAUAUCAGUUGAAAAGAAUAUCAUGGACCAUUAUUUUUGUUUCUACGAGGAACCUUUUCUUCACCAGUUCACAUGUUGUUGCUUUUUUAAUGCUGUAGUGUUGUAUUGUAAGUAAUAUGUGGUUUCAAGGCCCAAAAGAUUUGUGUUUGUCAGUUAUGGAAUUAGCUGACAUGGAUAUUCCUCUUACUGGCAAUAUAUAUUUUGUUUAAUCAUACAAAGAAUUUUGGAAAUAACUUGCAAUAAAAGGAAAAGAGUAAUGAAA